AUGAAAGGAACUCCAAGACCAAAGCUGCUGCAGUGCAAGGCUAAAACCCUCUUGGAAGUCUACUCAAUAUGGAGCAAUAGAGAAGGAGGAAAUGUUAAUCCUUUGGUGUGGGGUGAAGUUAAGGGAGCCCUUCACUCACAUGGCCGCGUUUUCACCAAAAUCACGAAGAAGGCCACCCAGGUCAUCAUAGAAAAGUACUACACGCGCCCAGGCAACGACUUCCACACGAACAAAUGUGUGUGCGAGAUCGCCAUUAUCCUCAGCAAGAAGCUCCGCAACAAGAUAGUAAGCUAUGUCAUGCAUCUGAUGAAGCGGAUUCUGAAGGGCCCAGUGAGAGGUAUCUCCAUCAAGCUGCAGGAGGAGGAGAGAGAAAAGAGAGACAAUUAUGUUCCCGAGAUCUCAGUCCUGGAUCAGGAGACCAUUGAAGUAGAUCCUGACACCAAGGAAAUGCUGAAGCUUUUGGACUUUGUCAGUCUGUCCAACCUGCAGGUCAUUCGACCUACAGUUGAGAUAAAUUUCAAAAUGCCUCGGGGAGCUCUUUGA